CUGACUGGAGGUGUCUGACUGGAGGUGUUUGACUGGAGGUGUCUGACUGGAGGUGUUUGACUGGAGGUGUCUGACUGGAGGUGUCUGACUGGAGGUGUCUGACUGGAGGUGUUUGACUGGAGGUGUCUGACUGGAGGUGUCUGACUGGAGGUGUUUGACUGGAGGUGUCUGACUGGAGGUGUUUGGGUAUCUGGAUUAAUAGCUUUCCAGGGAUUGAUAAAAAUAAAUAAUAAAGAAAAGUGAAAAUAACUGAACUGCAAAGAAUUUCAGUAGACUAAACCCGAUAUUUCUUGGUCCUCCCCAUUGUUUAAAGUGAAAGACAGACAAUUUAUGGCAGUCUGGAAACUUUAGCCUGCUCUGGUCAUUUUUUCGCUGAAUUCAAUACAUCUGUUUGAUUCCUCCCGUAUGUGUAGGUGAAAGGCAGGAAAUAUAUGGUACUUCUGCCUGUAACUAGCUAAUUUACAUUUUUGGGGGCAAGUGAUCAUAAUCUUCGGGCAAACCACAAAAAAAUACUCUUGACUUGCCCCGAUGGGCAAGUGCAUUUUCAGACAUUAAAAUCAAUCCCUGCCUUCUCAGACAUAUCACUUGAGAAUUCUCUCAAUGAUUUAGAACUCUUUCAUGUCUGUUUUAAGAUUUGGGGUCUACAAGUUGUAAAAGAUGUGCAUGUAUAUAUUACACUUGCGCAUACGCAGUACACACUCGUUUGUUGAUAUGAUAAGUUUUGUCAAUUUUCAUUAAUAGCCACACUUAGUACUGUUUUCCAAACACAAACAUGAUUAAAAAGCUGUCCCCCCCCCCCAAACUGGUGAGGAUCUCUAAAUCUCUUGAUUUGAUGGAAGCAGAUAUUUCUUGCAGUUACUUAAAAUGUUGAGGCAAACUUGGAAUUUGAUUGUAAAACGGUGUGGACAUGUGACGAACACAGGGAAAGAAAACAUAUGGACACUACAGAAGUGUAUGGAUGAUUGAAGAACCAUGUGAGCUUGGAGGACAAUUGUACAUAUGAACCUGCCAGUUAUACUUGUUAAACUUUCAUGGUUAAAAAGGCUGUACUGUAUGGGGUACACUCACUGUUACCUUCAGGUGUAUGUUUACUGUAUUCUUUAUGUAAAUGUUAUUGUACUGGAAAGGUCAAAUAUAUUUCUAAAACGAAUUGGGUUUUUAUGCAAAUUGUUGAUCUGUUUUCCUGGAAUUAACAGCAAUAAAUACAAAAUGAUACAUUAUUUUGGUUUAUUUCACUCUGUGUAUAAUUAGGCCAUACACUGCUUGGAUGUAGUUUUUACUUCAUAGUACUGUACAUUCGUAUUAUCCAGUUGGCUUGCCGUAGUAGUCAGCUGAAAAUAAUUGAAAAGAGCACUUUGACAGGCCACGGGGUGUGUCUGCAGUUAAUUGUUUUAUAGAUGGUUCCCUGAAACGUGUCUGUUGAAAGCCACCUGUCUGGAAAAGGGCUACCUGACAUUCACAAAUAAAUAGUCUUUGUUCUGCCUGCCUUCCUCUCCCACCAGUUACAAUGGCAGCCGUGUCUGUAGCCAGUACUAACUUCGCCCUUGCGUUGUUCAAGAAGAUCACAGAGAAGAACAAAACGGACAAUGUUUUGUACUCCCCUCUCAGCAUCUCAGCUGCGCUGGCCAUGGUUUUUCUGGGUGCCAAGGGCAACACUGCUACUCAGAUGUCAGAGACGAUGUGCUUCAACAAAGCUACGGGUGACAUCCAUGUUGGCUUCGGAAAACUCAUUCAUGACCUGAACCUGCAGGGAGCCCCAUACUCACUGAGCCUGGCCAAUCGCCUGUACGGAGAACAGUCGUACCAGUUUGUUGAGACUUUCCUCGGUGACACCAAGAAGCACUACGAUGCUGAGCUGGAGGCUGUGGACUUCAAGACCAAUGGGGAGACUUCCAGAAAGUACAUCAAUGCCUGGGUGGAGAAGCAGACCUCUGAGAAAAUAAAGGACCUUUUGCCGGAGGGGGUUGUCGACAACCUGACCAGACUGGUGUUGGUGAACGCCAUCUACUUCAAAGGCAACUGGUUUAAGAAGUUCAAGGAAGCCAGCACCAGCGAUGCCAUGUUCAAACUGAACAAGAAUGUGAGUAAGCCAGUGAAAAUGAUGCAUCAGAUGGCCAAGUUCCCCCUAACCUUCAUCCCUGAGGUCAACUGCCAGAUCCUGUGUCUGCAAUACGAGGGGAACGAACUGAGCAUGUUCAUCAUGCUCCCCAGCGACAUGGAGGACCACAUCACUGGUCUGGAGAAGCUGGAGAAGCAGCUGACCUAUGAGAAAAUGAUGGCGUGGACCAGGCCUGACAUGAUGGAAGCGGUGGAGGUUCAGGUGGGCCUGCCUAAGUUCAAGCUGGAGGAGACCCUUGACCUGAAGGACUUGCUGAUCAGCAUGGGCAUGACGGACGCCUUCGACCUCUCCAAGGGCGACUUCUCGGGCAUGUCGCCCAGCAACGACUUGGAGCUGUCCGAGGUGGUGCACAAGGCCUUCGUGGAAGUCAACGAGGAGGGCACAGAAGCGGCGGCCGGCGUGGCCGCCAUCGUGGGGAUGCGCUGUGCCUUGAGGACCCCCACAUUUGUUGCCGACCACCCCUUUCUUUUCUUCAUCAGCCACAACACCACCGAGAGCAUUCUGUUCUAUGGUCGCUACUGCUCCCCUUAGGCGCCAUAGCAACUGGGACAUUCCACUUGGAGGGGUUUUUAAAGGUAUAUACUGAAACCGCUACAUCGAUAUCCCAUCUGUGCUUGGUGAUCUUUAUCAAUAAAAUAAAUUUGAUGCGUUGAG